AUGUUUUGGGGGAUAACCAUUCAACCCAAUCAGUCUGCGACAGUUUCUGAAGACGUAUUAGUUCACAUCACGGGGUCGGCAAUUCAAGAUUCUUUAACUGACGAACGUCUUCAUCGUGUGUUUUUGAAGACGGGGAUGAGCGAGUGCUGCGUAGCUACCUUUUCGAAGAAUCAGAAAAACUGUAAAACAUCAAUUUUCCUAGAAAAAGGGGAGCAAUGCACUCUUCUUAACAAGACAGCAAACAUCGUUUAUCUAUUUGGAUAUACUCUUGCACUCCCCUCAGACGUCGAUGAGAUGGAAGACUCCCUUGUCGUCGAGAAACGUGUUAUGGCUCGGUCCAAAAAAUCGGAAAAACGAAAGUCUUUUGCACCUCGUAAGUCUGUCAUCCAACAGCCAACUUCAAAAAAGACAGUCACCAUCGGUGGUGUCAUCAAGACAAUUCAGAUCGAAUCUCUCGUUUGUCUUCUUCUUAUUUCAACGUCUUGUGCUUCGUUACUUUGGAUAGUUUAUUUAUAG